AUCUAGGCAUGUGAUAGAGUUAAAAUAGUAGAUCUCACCGUCCUUAUCCAGCAACCUCCGAGGGUGCGUGUAACUGACUCUCCAUACUCUCUUCGGCGUAUCCGGCAAUAUCACCGCUCCUGGAUCCCCUUAUAUAUGGCCGGCCGCUGGUCUACCCCGGACAUUUUUGUGGUUUCUUUAAAUCUUUUCUUUUUCUCCUUUUGACUUUUUUUUUUUUUCUUCUUCCUCUUUACCCCGGACCCCGGAUUCUUUCUUAGCUUGAACGGAAUUCAGCACAAAAUGGCCAAGGCAUUUAGUAAGGAAGAUGUCGCGUCGCAUAGCAAGCCUGAUAACCUCUGGGUUGUGAUUGAUGAGGAUGUCUAUGACUUGACUCAGUUCCAAGAGGAGCACCCAGGUGGAAAGAAAAUCCUCUCCCGAGUCGCCGGAAAAGAUGCCUCAAAGCAAUUCUGGAAAUACCACAACGAAGGAGUCUUGAAGAAGUAUAAGGGCAAGCUGCAGGUCGGAUCACUGAACACCAAGAAGGCUGAGCCCGCACCACCAGCGCCUGCUCCGGCCAAAGAGGCUCCCAAGCCCAAGGCUGCGCCUGCGCCUGCUGCUUCCACGGCCGUGGCUUCGUCUGAGCCUUCACAGCCUCAUGAUCCGUAUGGUGAUCUUGUGCCGUUUGCGGAUCCUGCUUGGUACCAUGGUUACCACUCUCCCUACUUUAACGAGACCCACGAAGCCCUCCGCGCUGAAAUCCGCGAAUGGGUUGAGUCCGAAAUCGAACCCUAUGUGACCGAAUGGGACGAGGGCAAGGAAGUGCCCCACAAAAUCUACAAGCAGAUGGGUGAACGCGGCUACCUGGGUGGUCUGCUGGGUAUCAAGUAUCCUGUCGAUCAUACCCCAUACAGAGUCAAGUCUGUGCCCCCAGAGCGCUGGGAUCACUUCCACGAGAUGCUCUUGACCGACGAGCUGUCGCGCGCGGGUAGUGGUGGUCUGGUGUGGAACUUGCUCGGUGGUUAUGGUAUCGGGUGUCCGCCACUGGUCAAGUUCGGUAAGAAGGAACUCAUUGACAGGAUUUUGCCUGGUAUUCUGGCUGGUGACAAGCGUAUCUGUCUUGCCAUUACUGAGCCGGAUGCUGGUAGUGAUGUUGCCAGCCUUGGGUGCGAGGCUAAGCUUACUCCUGAUGGCAAGCACUACAUUGUCAACGGUGAGAAGAAGUGGAUUACCAAUGGACACUGGUGCGAUUACUUCACUACUGCGGUUCGUACUGGCGGACCUGGAAUGAACGGUCUUAGUCUACUUCUGAUUGAGAGAGAAAGUGGCGGUGUCAGCACCAGACGGAUGGACUGCCAGGGUGUCUGGAGCAGUGGCACCACAUAUGUCACCUUUGAAGACGUCAAGGUGCCCGUGGAGAACGUCCUCGGAAAGGAGAACCAGGGAUUUAAGGUAAUCAUGACCAACUUCAACCACGAGCGCAUCGGCAUCGUAAUCCAAUGCGUCCGCUUCGCCCGUGUCUGUUACGAAGAAUCCGUCAAAUAUGCCCACAAGCGCAAAACCUUCGGCAAGCGCCUCAUCGACCACCCCGUCAUCCGCCUCAAACUCGCGCACAUGGCCCGCCAAAUCGAAGCCAGCUACAACUGGCUCGAGAACAUCAUCUAUCAAUGUCAGCACAUGGAAGAAACUGAAGCCAUGCUGAAGCUCGGCGGUGCAAUCGCAGGUCUGAAGGCGCAGUCGACUACGACGUUCGAGUACUGUGCGCGCGAGGCGAGCCAGAUAUUUGGGGGAUUGAGCUAUAGUCGUGGCGGACAGGGGGGGAAGAUUGAGCGGUUGUAUCGAGAUGUUAGGGCCUAUGCUAUUCCGGGUGGGAGUGAGGAGAUUAUGUUGGAUUUGAGCAUGAGGCAGAGUUUGAGGGUGCAUAAGAUGUUUGGGAUGAAACUGUAAUGCUGCUCUUUAUUUGGUUUAUUGGAUUUUGGAUAUACCAUGAGGAUAAUUUCUUUGCUUAUAAUUUGGAUGUCAUGUAUAAUAGCUCUAUCAUGUUUCAUGUUAUUUCUUCACCUCUUCACUACCUAUUACGCACACCUAAAUGCAAACAAGAGCUUGUGACCCAGAAAAUAAGUAGG